ACAAAGCGGAAGUUUAACUCGGUGAUCUCCCUUUGUAAACAUGAAGGCGUUUUCCAGUCAUUUUCGCUCUUAGUGUUAAUAAAUGCAUUCUACCUGCCAAGACCCAUAUCUUUUGCUAUAAUGAUUCCUUGGUAUUUAUUGAAAAUGUAUCUGCAACAGCACACCAAGUUUGCUGCAGGGAUAGCAGCACUGAUUUCAGCCACUCUCAUCUUUUAUAGUCAUUUGCAUGUGCUUCUGGCAGCUUGGUGCUUUGUGAUGGGUAUCAUCGUUUCAUACAGUUUCUUCAGCCAUGACACAGUUUUACCAAGCCUUCUGAAGUAUUCAAGAAGCAGAAAGAAAAGAAAUCUUGAUGAUGAGCUAAGUCUUAUGAAGACAGUUUGCAGAGUUUGUGGACAAAAGAAGUGUCCAAGACAUAGACCAGAGCUGAACAUCCUUGCAUUUCAACCAUGGACCAAUUUGGAGGUUCCUCAGCGUGUGGAUGAGGCAGUGGAAGAGUUUCUUAACAUCAUCUUUAAAGAGUUUGUCUACAUCUGGUAUAAAGACUUGAGCCAGGAUGAAGAAUUUGUGGAUGAACUGAGAACAAAUAUGCGAUUUCUGGCAUCAGUACUUCUACGCCGCAUGAAAAAGAUUGAUAUACCAAGCCUGGUGACACAAAAGCUGUGUAAAGCUGCUAUCUAUCAUAUUGAUGCAGUCAUUCAAGCCAGCAGAGAUGCUGUACCACAGGAUAGUGAUCUGCAGCAGGCUGCUCUUGACUACAUGGGCUCGCAUGUACACUGUGCCAUGUGGAGCCGCAAAGCUGAGCUGGAAUAUCUCCGACGACUCACAGAAAGUCUUUUCCCUUACAUCUUACACCGCCAGGCUCUCAACUCCAAAUGUACUUGUGCUGUAUUGCGUGAGAUUAUUGCAGGGUCUGCAUUACUACCUGCUAUGGAUGCCAUUGCCAACUCUGACAUGCUGAACAAUUUGUUGCUGAUAUUUUUAGAUGACACUCCUCCUCCACCUCCAAAAGAACCACCAUCACCAAGGGUCCAGUUUCUUGCCCACUUUGCAAUACCCCAGGCUACAAAUCAGUCUUGUCUUAGGAUGGAGCUGAAUGAAGUUAUGAACACAGGUGCAGUGAGACAUCUGUAUCCAUUUAUGCAGUUUCUCAAAAGUGAGGCUGCUGUUAAUGUUCUCCAGUUCUGUUUGUCAUGUGAGGACUUCAACAAACAGAUAUUAAGUCCUGAUGUUUCUCAAAGUGAGUUUGUUUACUUGCAUAACAUGGCCAAAGAUUUGUACCGUACAUAUGUUUCACCAGAUGCACUUGAUAAAAUCAAGUUUGAUGAAGAUGUUGUGGCUGAACUCAGAGAAGUUGUGGAAGGUCCUCCAGACCAGGUCAUUCGACUUCGUACUUCCACUCCAUUGUUUAAGGCUUAUGAACAUGCCUAUGACCUGCUGGAACACACAUUUCUGUCUUUGUUUCACCAGAGCGAUGAUUAUUAUAAUAUGAUCAGUGGGGAAAGACCAAACUCAAGCACAUCUCGACAGCAUUCAAAUAAUCUACAAGCUCCCAAGAACAAUAAUUCUAGGGUCUUAAAGAAAAAAGAUUUUGGAUUUUCCAACAUUGGGUCCAAAAUCAAAGAUGUAUUCCGUUCAUCAUCAGAGGACAGGAGCAGUGUUGAUCACAGUGAUGAACCUGAAGGACUUUCAGCAUUUUCCACACCAAUGGUGCGUGUGGAUGAAGAGGAUGUGACCACAUCAGGACUAUACCAGGAGCGAACCCACAACGAUGCCUUGCAUGAUCUGAGUUCAUGGCGAGUUACUGUUCCUCGAACAGGAGCUAGGCCUGAUCUUGAGAAUAUCCGCAAGCAGUACUAUGUUUUUAUCAUCGAUGUCCGAAGAGUGGAUGUGCAAGAAGGUGAUAAAUCAAGCUGGACUGUUGCAAGGAGGUAUCAUGAGUUUUAUGUUUUGGAACAAAAACUUACCGAAUUUCAUGGGGAAUUUGUGGAUUGCCAGUUGCCACCAAAGAAGUCGUUUGGCACCAAAUCACAGGAAUUUGUAGAGAGUAAAAAAGAGGUCUUUGAACAGUACCUUCAGAAGCUGCUGACAAUACCUCACCUGAAAGGAAGCGAAUUACUGUAUAACUUUCUAACUUCAGAGGAUGAGUUUACCACCAGUUUUCUUCCUGACAUCAAAUUUGGGAGAUUUGUCAAGUCUGUUCCAAUGAAACUUGUAAAAGAGAAAGGACAACAUUUGGAUCCAUUCUUAGUGAACUUCUCUCAGUCAACUGAAGCAGCCAAACCUAGACCUUAUAAAUCAGAGCGAAGAGGAUCAGAUGCUUCACAGCUGUCAACAUCAAGUGAAAAGCUUGUGAGCAGCCUGUAUGAAAACAAUGUCAAUAGUGGGUUUGCACCCCCACCAAACAAGGUGGAGUUAUCUGAUGAAACAAUUGAAACAAAUGGAGUUUUUGACUCCAUCAUCUCUGUUGCUCGUGAAGUGUUUGGGGUGCCAGCCUGGUUGCACCAUGUAUUGAUCACCCUGCGUAUGCUACUCCGAAACACCUUUGACAGAUAUAUGGAGAAUUACAUUGAGUUCAAAGUUGCACAAGUCACACAAGAGCAUAGAGUGGUUUCACUUAUUCAUCUGCUUCGAGAUGUGCUCUUUUUUGAUACAGAUCCACCAAGGACAGAUGAGCAGAAAAAGCAGAGAUAUGAAGAGGCAUUGAAUGGAGUCAUUGAGUUUAUUCCAGGUUUUGUGUCAACAGUUGUGGGAUCCAAAAAGGUUGUUGUUGGAAGCAAGUUCUUGCUGGAUGUAUUUCAGAAGCCUAAACUUAACAAACAGCUCAGCUAUGUCAUUUUGGAUAUAUUCAUUACCGAACUGUUUCCAGAGCUUGUAGAAGAUCCAGAUCUAUUCAAAACACGCUGAGAAACUUUUUUGCUAAGGCAUCUUUGUGAUAAACUGAUGUUAAAAAUUCUGAAAUUUUAAAUACAUUAAGUUCAAAGUUGCAGAAAAGGAAUUUACAAACUAAUAACCUUAACAAGUAUUUUACUUUGAACAAAUUUUUUUUUCCCCAAAGUGCACCUUUUAUUUAUCACUGAUGGCAAUAUACGAGACCAGUUUUUACGUUUUAGUCUCUCUUAAUGCUUCCCCUACAGUUUGAACCUGUGAAUGCAACUGUCUUCAAAGUUUUAUAGCACAGUCCUGUUGAUACAUCCAUAAUUAAUGAGCUAUUCUAUAGCUCAGUUAUGUCAUAACAACUGUAUUGAAUGAGUUAAUCACUCAUGCAUACAGACACUUAAAAUUUCUUGUAUCUUUAUGGAAACAUCUAAUGACUAGAAAAUCUUAUGUUGCAUGUAUGCUGCAGCAUAAAAAAUUGAUGCUAUUUGUUUUAGAAGACUAAACAACACUUUUGAAUCACAUUAAGUAGUUAAAGUUUGAGAUUUAUAUGUGCAGUUAGAAUAUUAGAAAUACCAUGUGUAGGUGGUGGUGGUUGGCGAAGGUUAGGAGAACUAAGGUUCUUUGGAAGAAUAAAAAUUAAAACAUUUCAGUCAAGAAAAUUUCAGCUCAACUGAAAAUUUGUUAUGCAUUUAGCUGAUACGAUGAUAUCUAAUAUUUGUAAGUUGUAACUCUUUCUGAUUUUAUUAUGAAAACAGAACAUUC